AUGCCCUUAUUGAACGUCGGUAUUGUCGGUACAGGUAUUUUUGCUAGAGACAGACAUUUGCCAUCCUAUCAGGAGUUUCCUGACGAAUUCAAGGUCGUUGCUGCCUUCAAUAGACACAAGGCAAAAGCCUUAGAUUUUGCAAAACUCGCCAAGGUUCCUGAAGAUAAGGUUUACGACAACUUGGAUGAAAUUUUGAAGGAUCCUCAUGUGGACUACAUCGACGCCUUGCUACCUGCUCAAUUUAACGCCGAUAUUGUCGAGAAGGCAAUUAAGGCAGGUAAGCCUGUUCUCUUGGAGAAACCAAUUGCCGCUAAUUUAGAGCAGGCAAAGGUGAUUGUCAAAUUGGCAGAGUCUACACCCUUACCUGUCGGUGUGGCUGAAAAUUGGUUAUAUCUCUCAUGUAUCAAAACCGCGAAGGAACAGAUUGAGAAAAUUGGGCCUGUCGUAGCUUUCACCCACAAUUCCACCGGCCCCUUUGUCACUGAAAAUAAAUAUUUGACCACUACUUGGAGACAAAAACCUGAACACAUUGGAGGAUUUCUUUCCGAUGGCGGUGUUCAUCAACUGGCUCUCGUUAUUUCCCUAUUGGGCGAAUUUAGAUCUGUUUCCGCACUAACCAGACAGGUGCGUGAACGUUCUGGUGCGGAUGAUAUCGUCUUUGCUACUGUCCAGUUAAAGGACACAGACGCAAUUGGAAGUUUCACAUAUGGCUCUGCUUUUGGUGCCACUGAGAAGUCUGUUUUCUUAAAAGUGUAUGGCAAAAAUGGUACCGUUACAGUCGAUUUGUCAGAUAAGAAAGACCCCGUUGUAAAAGUUAGAUUAGGCGGUUCAGCUGAAGAUAAUGGCGAUGAACAAAUUUUGAAAGUUGACAAUGAUGAAAGUUUCGGUGUCAACGCUGAGUUUCUAAAUUUCCACGAAGCUGUCAGCAAGAAGGACAAAUCCCUAUACCUGGGCACACCAAGAACUGCCUUCCACCAUUUGGCUUGUGUGGACGCAUUUUUGAGAUCUUCUGCCAAGAAUGGUGACCAUGUUAAAAUUGAGCAGCCAUGA